AUGCUACGUGUCCGCUCUCUUCCAUUUCUGGACGAGCUGAUGCAAUUCCAAGCGCGGGGCCGGGCCAGAGCUCGGUUCUUGCUACGGUUUAACCAUGUUCCCGCGUGGCAGCCUCUGCAGCGCCUCGUCAGCCUAGAAAUCUUGCCGUCCGCAGCUGGGCUCAGGAACACCGAGCUUGCAGCCGUCAGCUUUGCAUGCCAUCAACUGCGCGGGCCCGAGUGCCAGUCCCGAGCUCACACCGCUCAGGCUGCCAACGAGAACCCGCUGACUCGAUACCACCCCCCUCCAAGGGGACCGUUUCGGCCCUCGACGGCUCCAUCUCUUGACCCAGGAUCUCACGAUGGAAAUGCAAAAGGGAAGGAAGCAGACUCCGUCCCCCUUGUCAUCCCAGCCAGACCCGACACGUUCAGACGCUGCACCCGCAGCCCCUUCCCCUGUACUAGUGUCUGCAAACUUUACCAAGAUGUCUUUGCUGAGAAGGAGGAAAUCAGAGAAAAUGUGACUAGUCCAGAGAAACCUGAAGAAGCAAAAUUGGGCCAGACCAACUUUUGGAAGUUUGGGUGUUUUUUCCAUCACCGUCUUACAAUGACCAUGCAAGAAAUUCAUGCUGAAGUCCAGCUCAAGAAUUACGGAAAAUUUCUUGAGGAGUAUGCAUCUCAAUUGAGAAGAAUUGAGGACGCAUUGGAUGAUUCAAUUGGAGAUGUUUGGGAUUUCAAUCUUGACCCUAUAGCACUAAAGCUUUUGCCUUAUGAACAGUCUUCUCUUUUGGAACUUAUAAAAACUGAAAACAAGGUCUUAAACAAAGUCAUCACUGUUUAUGCUGCACUUUGUUGUGAAAUCAAGAAAUUAAAAUAUGAGGCUGAAACUAAAUUUUACAAUGGUCUGUUGUUUUAUGGAGAAGGAGCUACAGAUUCCAGUAUGGUGGAAGGUGAUUGCCAAAUUCAGAUGGGGAGAUUUAUUUCAUUCUUACAGGAACUGUCUUGUUUUGUUACAAGGUGCUAUGAAGUAGUGAUGAAUGUAGUCCAUCAGUUGGCUGCCCUCUACAUCAGUAACAAGAUUGCACCCAAAAUUAUAGAGACAACUGGAGUUCAUUUUCAGACUAUGUAUGAGCACUUGGGAGAACUACUAACAGUUUUGCUCACCCUGGAUGAAAUUAUUGAUAAUCAUAUCACACUGAAAGACCACUGGACUAUGUACAAAAGGUUACUGAAAUCUGUCCAUCACAAUCCUUCAAAAUUUGGAAUUCAGGAAGAAAAACUAAAGCCAUUUGAAAAGUUCUUGCUGAAGCUAGAAGGGCAGUUGCUUGAUGGAAUGAUAUUUCAGGCCUGUAUAGAACAACAGUUUGAUUCACUAAACGGAGGAGUAUCUGUGUCAAAAAAUAGCACUUUUGCUGAAGAAUUUGCACAUAGUAUUCGCUCAAUUUUUGCAAAUGUGGAAGCCAAACUUGGAGAACCUUCUGAAAUUGACCAGAGAGACAAAUAUGUUGGAAUUUGUGGACUCUUUGUAUUGCACUUUCAAAUUUUUCGAACUAUUGAUAAGAAGUUUUAUAAGUCUUUAUUGGACAUUUGUAAGAAGGUACCAGCCAUCACUCUAACUGCUAAUAUUAUUUGGUUUCCUGAUAAUUUUCUGAUCCAGAAAAUACCAGCAGCUGCCAAACUUCUAGACAGAAAAAGUCUUCAAGCCAUUAAAAUACACAGGGAUACUUUCCUACAACAGAAAGCUCAGUCACUUACCAAAGAUGUACAGUCUUACUAUGUCUUUGUGAGCUCAUGGAUGAUGAAAAUGGAAUCUAUUUUGUCUAAAGAGCAGAGAAUGGAUAAGUUUGCUGAAGACCUCACCAACAGAUGUAAUGUUUUUAUACAGGGCUUCUUGUAUGCAUAUAGUAUUAGUACGAUUAUUAAAACCACAAUGAACCUUUACAUGUCUAUGCAAAAGCCAAUGACAAAGACCUCAGUUAAGGCAUUGUGCAGGCUUGUUGAACUUCUCAAGGCUAUAGAGCACAUGUUCUACAGGAGAAGCAUGGUUGUGGCUGAUUCAGUUUCACAUAUAACACAGCACCUUCAACAUCAGGCUCUUAAUUCUAUUUCUGUGGCCAAGAAAAGAGUAAUUUCUGACAAAAAAUAUAGCGAACAGCGUCUUGAUGUGCUCUCUGCCCUAGUUUUGGCUGAAAACACUCUAAAUGGACCAAGCACUAAGCAACGACGACUUAUUGUUUCUUUAGCACUAAGUGUUGGCACACAACUGAAAACAUUUAAAGAUGAAGAACUCUUUCCACUUCAAGUAGUCAUGAAAAAACUGGAUCUUAUCAGUGAACUUAGAGAACG